UCGCCGUGAGCGUCUAGGUCGCGUUCCGCCACACAUUCAAAGAAAUAGAAGAAGACGUGCGGCAGUUUUGCUGAUUGAUGAUCUGAGCUCUCCGACUCUACUAAUCAUCUUUACAUUCAAAUAUUUCUGACAGGGUUUUACCUCCACAGUUCCAUCUGAUCCGUUGUGGGUGUAUUUGAGGAGGUUAACUGCGUUCUGCUGUAAAGAUCAAGAUUUGAGGGGUGUCCUGCCUCCUCCUGUUGUCAUCUUUCCUACACAUCAUUACUUAACCUCCACAAGAAUAUCAAGCGUUUCAACUAUGAUGAAGUCAGAAGAGAUUAAAUGUGAGGAUCUGGAACCUGUGGAGAGCUGCAGUAUUGAACAAAUCUCUGAUACUUUCCACUCUAAGAGCUCUUGCAGACGAGUGCGGGAAAAAAAUUACCAUUGCUCAAUGUGUGGAAAGAGUUUCGAUCGAGAGAGUUUUCUCAGAAAGCAUCAGCGGAUUCACACAGGAGAGAAACCGUAUCAGUGCUCACAAUGUGGGAAGAGUUUCAGUCAGAAGAGUCAUGUCAGUCAGCACCAGCGUAUUCACACAGGAGAGAAACCAUUUCAAUGCUCGGAGUGUGGGAAGAAGUUUACCUGGCAGAGAGAUGUCCAGCGACACCAGCGCAUCCACACAGGGGAGAAACCGUAUCAGUGUUCAGACUGUGGGAAGAAGUUUACCUGGCCGAUAGCCCUCCAGCGACACCAGAACAUUCACGCUGGAGAAAAGCCGCAUCAGUGUUCACAUUGUGAGAAGAGCUUUAGUGAGACACGUCUUCUCAUAAAUCAUCUCCUCGUUCAUACUGGAGAGAAACCAUUUCACUGCUCAGAGUGUGGUAUGAGUUUUAGGCUGAAGAUUCAUCUCCAAAAACACCAACGCAUUCACACUGGAGAGAAACCAUAUAACUGCCUAGAGUGUGGGAAGAGUUUUACACGAAAGACUGGUCUCCAAAUACACCAACGCAUUCACACUGGAGAGAAACCGUAUCAGUGCUCACAGUGUGCAACGAAGUUUACUACCCUGAAUCAUCUACAACAACACCAGCGCAUUCACACUGGAGAGAAACCAUUUCACUGCCGAGAGUGUGGGAAGAGUUUUACACAAAAGUCUAGUCUCCAAAUACACCAACGCAUUCACACUGGAGAGAAACCGUAUUUCUGUCUAGAGUGUGGGAAGAGUUUUAGUCGAGAGGACUCGCUUCAAAUACACCAACGCUUUCACACUGGAGAGAAACCGUAUUACUGAUCACAGUGUGCAAAGAACUUCACUACCCUGAGUCACCUCCGCCAACACGAGCGCAUUCACACUGGAGAGAAACCGUAUCAGUGCUCGGAGUGUAGGAAGAGUUUUACUAUCCUGAGUGAUCUCCGAAAACACCAGCGUGUUCACACGGGAGAGAAACCGUAUCCGUGCCUAGAGUGUGAGAAAAGUUUUAGUCGAGAUGACGCACUCCAAGUACACAAACGCAUUCACACUGGAGAGAAACCUUAUUCCUGCUCACAGUGUGCAAAGAACUUUACUACCCUGGGCAAUCUCCGUAAACACCGGUGCACUGGUACAGGAGAGAAAUCGUAUUGCUGAUCGGAGAUAAUUCACCACUGCUCAUUGUGUGGGAAGAGUUUCAGUCGGAAGACGUAUCUCAGACAGCAUCAGCGGACUCACACGGGAGAGAAGCCGUAUCACUGCUCACAAUGUGGGAAGAGCUUCAGUCAGAAGAGUCAUGUCAAACAACACCAGCGCAUCCACACAGGAGAGAAACCGUAUCGAUGCUCAGAGUGUGGGAAGAAGUUUACCUGCCAGAGUCACCUCCAGCGACACCAGCGCAUUCAUGCAGGAGAGAAACCGUAUCAGUGUUCACAUUGUGAGAAGAGGUUUAGUGAGAGAGGUUUUCUCAUAAAUCACCUCCGAGUUCAUACAGGAGAGAAACCGUAUCAGUGCUCAGAAUGUGGGAUGAGUUUUACACAGAGGAGUAAUCUCCAAAAACACCAACGUAUUCAUACAGGGGAUAAACCGUAUAACUGCCUGGACUGUGGGAAGAGUUUUACACAAAAGUCUACACUCCAGAUACACCAACGCAUUCACACUGGAGAGAAACCGUAUUACUGCUCACAGUGUGCAAAGAACUUCACUACCCUGAGUAAUCUCCGAAAACACCAGCGCGUUCACACUGGAGAGAAAACAUUUCACUGCUCAGAGUGUGGGAAGAGUUUCAGGACACACAGAAAUUUUCAGCAACACAAGCACGUUCACACGGGAGAGAAGCCGUAUCCGUGUUCGCACUGCGGGAAGAGUUUCAGCCUGAAGAGUACGCUCAAACAACACCAGCGAACGCAUACGGGAGAGAAGCCGUAUCGGUGUUUGCACUGCGGGAAGAGUUUUACGCAAACGACUCAUCUCCAGCAACACCAGCGCAUUCACACUGGAGAUAAACCGUAUCACUGCUUAGACUGUGGGAAGAGUUUUAGUCGAGUAGGAACCCUCCAGGUCCACCAGCGCCUUCACACUGGAGAGAGGCCGUAUUACUGCUCGCUCUGUGGGAAGUGUUUUAGCGAGAGAGGCACACUCGUCCAACACCUGCGAAUUCACACCGGAGAGAAACCUUACCACUGCUUGCAGUGCGGGAAGAGUUUUGUUGGAAAGAGCAAUCUCAAACAACACCAGCGUAUUCACUCGGGAGAGAAGCCAUAUCCCUGCUCGUACUGCGGGAAGAGUUUCACACAGAGGGGUAACCUCCGGAAGCACCUGCGUAUUCACACGGGAGAUAAACCGUACCACUGCCCGGAGUGUGGGAAGAGUUUCACACAAGGAACCGAUCUCCAAGUGCACCAACACAUUCACACCGGGGAGAAGCCCUACCACUGUUCAGCAUGCGCCAAGAGCUUCACCAGUUACAGUAAUUUCCACCAGCACCAGCGCAUCCACACCGGAGAGAAACCGUACCCGUGCUCACGUUGCGGGAAGAGCUUUAGGACCCACAGAAAUCUGCAGCGACACCAGCACGUCCACGCAGCUGAGAACGAGGACGUUUGUAGUGUGAUCGUUAACUAGUUCUGUCCUCAAUACUUUAUUCUGAGUCAAAUGAUAUCUCUGAUCAACUCUAUACUGGAGAUUCCAGUGGUGAAUUUCGUUCGUUCCCUUCCGAUUACUCUAUGAAUUAUGCAGCUGUGGAUUUUAUACGGUGUGGAACGUAACGAUGCGUAUUUAAUAUUAUAUUCUUAACGCAUGCCCACGUUGAAUAUUAUCUGGUACGUUGUUUGAAUUCUAAAGCAGAACGGUCAGAUAGUCGGUGUAUAUAAUUGUUAGACAUUUGAAUAUCCGUACAUUAAUAGAAAUUGGUUAAUUGGUUGAUUUAAAAGGCAUGUGAGUAUUUGUUAUGAACGUGUUGGUGAAUAAGAUGUUCCUGCACCGUGACGGUAAGAUCAACACUGUAGUAGUUUUUUUUAACAGGAAAUAUAAAAGGGAUGUCUGCGGGGUUUCACUGAAAUGUCUGAUAAUCCUAAAUCAUUGUACUUCGUUUACCUCAAUAAGGAAACGAUGUAAAUGCUGCGUGCUUGCUUUGCCAUUAGUUCAGUGCCUUCACUUUAUGGUCCUUUCCACCACUGAUGUUAUUAUUAUUAUUUUUUUUUUUUUCCCAUGAGCUUGAUAAGGUAACGUGUAUUUCUGGCCUCAGGGCUGUAAAUAGUGAUCUGUUAGAACUAAUACCUCCUGUUGGAGCCUGCUAAGAUGGCUCAAGAUGGCGGUUCAGGCCUCGGUCAUGAAAACACUGUAUCUCAGGCUUUACAGUAUCUUCAUUCUUUCUUUAGCUUACCUUCAUUACUCUAUAACUUUUCCAGUCCUUCCAGGAUUCUGUGAUCGCAGAGAUUAACCCAAAAUCAAGCAAACUCCAGUUUUUCAGAGUUACUACAGAUUCGGGCUGAGACGAGUCACAUCAUUUCUUAUUCACGUGCGGUUGCAAUUUCUCCAGUUCAAGUAGUUUUCCACAAAAAAAAGCGCAACAAACUGCAAAUUUCAUCAUCGCAAAUUCUGGAAAAAACCCGCAGUAAAAUCGAGCGUUUUUAGCCGUGAACAAUCACGAAAAACUCCACGAGAUCCUGUUUGGACUGAAUAACACUAUUUUAAUUACUACAGUCUCUGACAGUUUGUUUGGGGUUUUUAAAUACGCAUGAACAAGUUUUUCCACAACACUUGGUAAUAUACAGGAGAUGGAAGCAGGAUGUUCUAACAAACAUCGUAUCUACAGUGCAAAACCCCUCUAGAACGAUAGACGUCGUCCUCAUACGGAAAUCGACCACAGUGACACAGUUUAAGAAUGAUUUUGAUGGACUGCACAUAUUCUGCCGUAAUGGAACAUGUUCAGCACUAAGAUGCAGUUCGUUGAAAUGACAGGAAGUGAUUUACAGAACGUUCUGAAUAUGAACUGACUGUGUUUAUGUGCACACUAAACCAAUUCGUUAUACAUGGCCAACCACACCACCGUUACUGAGCCCUUCACAAUAACACAUUGUCUGGUUUAUAUCUGCUUAUUUAUAAAAUAGGGUCACUUUUAUAUGUGUUUCAUUUUCAACCGUGUUUGCGUAUUAUCAGACUAAAAUAACAUCACUCACCAUCAUCGUUAUUUCUUAUAAAUUUGUUCAUGCAGAAUGAAUCGACAUUGCUAUCACACAACUCUGAAAAUUGCUCUACAAACCCAUCACAGGACACACUGGGCGACGCUGUAGCUACUGCUACAAAGGUGAACGCGAUGUGGCAGCAUGUGGCAAUCUUCUGAAAUAAAGUGGAUUUAAAAAAAGAAUUAUUGAUAUUGUUUAAUGUAGUUUUAUUUUCUCAAAUCAGCCAAUCAUGUGACUGCAACACAACGCAUAAAAUCAUGCCGAUACAGGUCAAGAACUUCAGUUAAUGUUCAUAUCAAACAUCAGAAUGCGGGGGGGGGGGGAAAGAUUUUUUUUCUUUUUCUAAAUCACUUAUCCCAUGUGAAUCGAUCAUAAUGAAUACAGACAUCUGGAAAACUAAUCCCAUCCAAAUACUACGCUUGCAUUGUUAAGUGUUCGUUAAUGUCAUCUUUUCAUUCUCACUUAUGCUUUUGAUUCUAAAUCCAGACCUGACACUUUUAUUUCUUAAAACAUCCUUUAGGACAUAGUUUGGAAAUGUUUACUCUGCGGUCAUCACAUCUGGAAUCGGACAUCCUCGUUGGCGCCCGAUACCUGAUGCACUUCAAAGCAUUUGACCCCAAAUGACCGAAGUUCAAAUGGAACUACAAGGUAUAAACCUUUUUUGGAGAAAAUGAAUAGAUUAAGAUAAAAUAAUUCAUUCUCAGUUGUGUUCUGGAGGGGUUUCAUUCAUUAUUGAGUUCAGGGUUGUGGUGGAUUCGGUAAUACAAGGCGGGAGAAUUCAACCAGAUGUGAUGACAGUCCAUCUCAGGGCCUCAUGCACACACACGCCAACAUGAGGAGAACGUCCUGUAAAGCUGCUUUGGGACAAUGUCCAUUGUUAAGCGCGCUAUACAAAUAAAACUGAAUUGAACUAAAGCUCAUGUCAGGAUCAAACCAGAGUCUGGAGCUGUGUCAUAUGAGCUUAUAUGAUGGAGAAAAGAGAUUUCUAGCAGUCUUGCGGUUGGUGCACUGCUAAUGUUAUACCACUAGAUGGCAGUACAUCUGAGCUGAUCUUCUCAAAACAUCAAUAGAUGAGUAUAUUGGGGUGUGAGGAAUGUGAUAUUAUGUGAGGAAAAAUAAAAUACAUUUUUUAAAUUAUUGUUUCAUUUAUUCAAAGAAAAUGUUCUGCAGCACCUAUAUUACGAGUGUGAAAAACUAAUUACCUCCUAACCUUAAUAA